GCCGGAGCCGGUGGGCAGCGGCUCUGCCUCUGGGGUUCACACUCCUCCACCGGCUGGGCCACAGGGCUACCCCUGAAGCCUGAAGCCACCUGCAUGAGGCCCCGGGGGACCCACUGAGCGCCGGGUCGCCGCGCCGGGGGCGGCACCAUGGCUCUGGAGCAGGCGCUGCAAGCGGCGCGGCAGGGCGACCUGGACGUGCUGAAGAACCUGCGCGCCGCCGGGCUUCUGGGGCCUUCUCUGCGCGACCCGCUAGAUGCCCUGCCAGUGCACCAUGCGGCCCGAUCUGGCAAACUUCACUGUCUCCGCUACCUGGUGGAGGAGGCUGGCCUCCCGGCCGUGGCCCGAGCGCACAACGGCGCCACACCAGCCCACGACGCCGCCGCCACCGGCUACCUCUCCUGCCUGAAGUGGCUGAUCACACAGGGUGGCUGCAGAGUGCAGGAAAAAGAUAAUUCUGGUGCCACAGUCCUGCAUCUGGCUGCCCGCUUUGGCCACCCAGAGGUGGUGGAUUGGCUUCUGCAUCACGGUGGUGCGGACUCUGCCAUCAGCACAGACACAGGUGCCCUGCCUAUUCACUACGCCGCCGCCAAAGGAGACCUUGCCUCGAUGAAGCUUCUGGUUGAGCAUUACCCUGAGGGAUUGAAUGCUCAAACCAACAACGGUGCCACACCCCUAUACCUGGCGUGCCAGGAGGGCCACCUGGAGAUGACGAAGUACCUUGUGCAGGAGUGCAACGCAGAUCCGCACGUGCGCGCACAAGACGGCAUGACCCCUCUGCACGCCGCUGCGCAGAUGGGUCACAGCUCAGUCCUGGUGUGGCUGGUGAGCUUUGCAGACCUGAGCUUGUCAGAGCAGGACCACGACGGCGCCACGGCCAUGCACUUUGCUGCCAGUCGCGGCCACACCAAAGUGCUCAGCUGGCUUCUGCUGCACGGUGCAGAGAUCUCGCAGGACCUGUGGGGCGGGACCCCGCUACAUGACGCUGCUGAGAACGGGGAACUUGAGUGCUGCCAGAUCCUCGUGGUGAAUGGCGCCGGGCUGGAUGUCCGGGACCAUGAUGGGUACACAGCGGCCGACCUGUCUGAUUUCAAUGGCCACACCCACUGCUCCCGCUACCUGCGUACGGUGCACACCCUGAGCGUGGAACACCGAGUUCUGUCCCGAGAUCCAUCCACUGACCUGGAGGCAAAGCAGCCUGACUCAGGCAUGUCCUCGCCUAACACCACCAUGUCGGUCCAGCCACUGAACUUUGACCUGGGCUCUCCCACCAGCACCCUCUCCAACUAUGACUCCUGCUCUUCCAGCCAUUCCAGCAUCAAGGGUCAGCACUCUACUCGAGGGCUUCCCAGUGCAAGAGCUGCAGACCUACAGAGCUACAUGGACAUGCUGAACCCAGAGAAGAGCUUGCCUCGGGGCAAGACAGGGAAGCCCACAGCACUACCCCCGCCACCUAGCUUCCCUCCGCCACCACCCCCAGGCACCCAGGUGCCCCCACCUCCACCAGGCUACCCAGCUCCCAAGCCUCCUGUGGGGUCACAAGCAGCUAAUAUCUACAUGCAGACCAAGAACAAGCUUCGCCAUGUGGAAGUGGAAUCAUUGAAGAAGGAGCACAAGGCACGCCACCCCAGGGUGGAGCAGAGCGAUCAGUUUGUACAGCCGAGCUCCGGCGACGGCCACUCGGGGCUGCGAAGGCAGGAAAGGCAGGACUCGGGGCUACGCAGGCAGGAUUCGGGGCUGCUCAGGCAGGACUCGGGGCUGCUCAGGCAGGACUCGGGGCUGCGCAGGCAGGACUCGGGGCUGCACAGGCACAACAUCGGACUGCGCAGGCAGGACUCCGACCGCAAGCAGCGCUCGUACAGCAAACAGCCCAGCACGGGGGACUACUACCGCCAGCUGGGCCACUGCCCGGCGGAGCCGCUGGCCUCACGCCCGGGCAUGGCCCACAGCGAGGAGGCGGCGCUGCUCCCCGGGAACCACGUGCAUAACGGCUGCUCAGCAGACCCCAAGACGUCCAGGGAGCUGCCGCCACCGCCGCCGCCGCCGCCACUGCCCGAGGCCCUGAGUUCGCCGCCACCUGCUCCACCUCUGCCCAUCGAGGGCGCGGGCGCAGGCAGCGGGCAGCGUCGUUCAUCCUCGUCUGCUGGCAAAGUGAGAGUCCUGAGACACAGGAAGAGCACCAAGUCUUUCAACAUGAUGUCCCCAACGGGUGAUAACUCAGAGCUGCUGGCUGAGAUAAAGGCAGGCAAGAGCCUGAAGCCGACACCACAGAGCAAGGGGCUGACCACCGUGUUCUCAGGCAGUGGGCAGCCAGCCGCCCAGCCUGAGUCACCAUCACCGCCACCGCAGCCAUCACCACAGCCCUCGGUGUCACCUGCGCCGUCUCGGCCCCGGAGCCCCACCCCACCAGCCUCUGGGCCUCAGCCAUUGCUCAAUGGCAGCAUAGUGCCGGCACCACCUGCCACCCCGGCCCCAGGAGUGCAGCUGGAUGUGGAGGCCCUCAUCCCCACCCUUGAUGAGCAGGGCCGGCCCAUCCCAGAGUGGAAGCGCCAGGUGAUGGUCCGAAAGCUGCAGCAGAAGAUGCAGGAGGAGGAGGAGCAGAGGAGGAAGGAGGAAGAGGAGGAGGCCUGGCUGGCCAGCCUGCCUGCCUGGAGACGAGACAUUCUUCGGAAGAAGCGGGAAGAGGAGAAGAAGCAGAAGCGAAAAGAGGAGGAGAGACAAAAGCAGGAAGAAGUGCAGAGGGCGAAAGAACAGUCCGAGAAGCUGCGGACACUAGGCUACGACGAGGCCAAGCUCGCACCCUGGCAGCGACAGGUCAUCUUGAAGAAGGGGGAGAUCCCUAAGUAAUAGGAGUCUCGGCCUCUUGCGUGUAGCCUCACAAGUUCCGAGAGAUGGGGAGCGGUCCCCCAGCCCCCGCCCCAUCCUGCCAGGUUGGUGCGGAAGGGCUGGGAGCCUUGCCGCCCUUCCCUUCGGUGCCGGAACCCUCCCUGUUCCCCUCCCUGGCCCCACAUCCCCAGCCCCACAUCCCCAGCCCCGCUGCUGGAGUGCUUGCGUACUGCCGCUGUCGCCUGGAAAAAGUGCCCAAGCCGCUGACG